AAGUCGAUAAGUGGACCUCCUGGAAGAAGACCGAUUCCUGAAAAUUCAGAUGACGAGAACGUUAUUCCCAGCGGUAGGCCUACGAUGAAACUGAACAGGAAUGGAGAAGUUGCAAAAUCGCACUUCUGAGGUACACAUUUCAAUGACAGAUACUGCCACAGAACCUUUCGGUCUCCAGAGUCAAAUGCUGCUUUCAAGUCAAGAAAGACCACGAUUGUCGGACGCCGAUAAGUAUGCCUGUGUUCUAGAACUUGACGAAUGGUGAAUAUGUGGUCGAUGCAGCCACGACCAGGUCUGAAGCCAGCUUGAUUCUCUCGUGUGUGCAGUUCACGAAUCUUAGUUAAGCGUCCGAUGAUUAUUGAGGCUAGUAUUUUAGGUGCUAUAUUAGUCAAACUAAUCCCUCUAUGGUUAUUACAGGAUGAUUUUGAUCCAUUCUUAUACAUUGGGACAAUCAGUGAUUGUGACCGGUCAGGUGGGAUUACGUCCAACUCUCAUAUUUUAGCUAAAAUAUUAGUCAACCUAAUCGCUAAAAUUGGACCACCAUCCUUAAAAACUUCUGGAACUAAUCCUUCUGGACCAGCUGCUUUUCUUCGUUUCAUAUUAACUAUAGCUUGCAUUGCCCACCACUGCUCACGGUCAUUCAUUAAACUUUUGGUUAACCUAGAUCUGAUUUGUUUUCGCUCAUUAUCGUGUUCAGAGCCUGAUGUGAUGAGUUUAGGAGGCACCAAAUACAUAUGCGCCACACAAAUCUCAUUCGAUGUGUGAGGGAUGUGUUACUGCCCGGGUGCCCAAACUGAAGCAGGUGGUUUCCUUAGGGGGCUACUUCCCGAGCCUUCGACCUGAAGGUCUGAUCCACAAGGAAGUGAAGCAUCGUAAGGAGAUGCAGUCCCAUGAAAACCGGUGAUCAACGAUUGGUUCAUACGCCAUUU